UUAUUUAUAAUCUCUAUGGUGCACCCAAUGUACCCGAUACACCCAUUACACCACAGUUACACCAAACACCAUAAAAUAGAUGUAGAUUUAAACAUCUAUAAAUCAGCGAAGCAAAGUCAGCAUGUCGGCUGUUGAGGGGUUAGAGAAAUUUAUAAACGAUCAUAAAUCCCAAUUAUUAAGUUGUGGAGUCCCUGAAAUCUACUGGAAUACGUUGUACGAAAAACUGAAGCAAGAGGUGUUUGAUGCUUACAGCUAUUUUACGUUUGUGUAUGAUGACAAGAGAUCGCUUUAUCCAGUUGUAUCUUGUGAUGGAGGCCUGAAACGAGAUGAUCCUAAUAGUGUGUUCCUGAUUGACCAUGCAUGGACUUAUGAAGCGGAGUUCGCUCGUGCACAAUUAAGGUCAAUACCAGGAUUAGCAAAAAGAAUGGCUUCGUUAAUGGAUCUUUUAGAGGAUAACGAGGAAACUGUGAACGGCGAUAAUGGUGACGAAAAGAAGCCAUUUUCUGAAGAAGCACGAAAGAUUUGUUUGAAGGAUGGCUUUUAUACAAACGAAGACGGCGCAGAACUUCCGAACGAAUCGGUGGUAGAAUUUAUAUUUCAAAAAAUGUGGAAAUUCAAUCAAACCUAUCAAGUUAAAGUGAUGGGCAUGGGACAGGACGAUGAAAAUGUUGAAAGUCCUCAGGCGUCUUCUUUGAAAGAACAAGUGUGUUUCUGGUAUAUCAUGGACGAAUUUGGUUCGAAAAUUCGCCAUUCGGACCUACCCACUGUCACGGUCAGAUGUUUUUACUACGUCGACCGUGAAAUCUCAUACAGUGUUUUGUUUCCUAUACAAGAUCUAGACUACGGAGCUGCUGUCACUCGCGACUUUGCUGCCGGCGUUAACGAUCCUGAAAUUAGGGCGACAGUGUUGUAUCCAUGGCAGCCAGAAAGCUUCGUGUUUGAUGACACAGUUUGUAAGGAUAGUAUUGACGAGAUUUUGUUUCCGAACGAGUCACGAUGCCGAGAAAAAUAUACCGAAGAAUCAGAAGGCGUGCUCUAUUUGCCAAAGAAAAAAACUUACAAUGUCUUCACUGACGUUGAUGUCGUCUCCGAGAGCCUUAAAGCCCCCAAGUAUCGUCUUGUUGAUAAUCCACACGGGGCGGAUAUUAUAUGGCAGAAAGAUCACUUUAAAGAUUAUGCCUCGCUGCAGGAAGCCAAAACACAAUAUAUCAACCAGUUUCCAUUUGAAAACGUACUGACUUGUAAAGAUCUGUUGGCCCGCGUGGUCAACAGAGUGGGCGUACUCUAUCCCACGAGGCGUGAUUGUCCAGAUACCACUCGACCUCCAUGGUUUCAAGAGUCGUAUAACCUGAAUUUUGAGCUGCCGGAUUUUAUACACAAUUUUCGUAAACGCGAGCAAAGAAAAGCCGACAAUGUCUGGAUUAUAAAGCCCUGGAAUCUAGGACGUAGUUUAGAUACCCACGUCACCGACAAUUUGGAUCAAAUUAUCCGAUUACGAGAAACUGGACCUAAGAUUGCUUUCAAGUAUAUCCGCAAUCCUGUCUUAUUUGAAAGGGAAGACGUCGGUAAAGUGAAAUUUCACUUCCGCUAUAUGGCAGCUGUCACUAGUGUUGAUCCUUUGAUAAUAGAUAUUGACGAAGUAUUCUGGAUUGGCUGUGCUAACAAACCUUUUUCAUUGGAUGAUUUUGAUGUUUAUGAAAAGCAUUUUACCACAAUGAAUUAUCGUCAAGAAGUUACACUAAAACAGGUCCAUCAUCACGAGUUCCCGGAAAUGUUUGAUCAUCAAUAUCCGGGUUACAAGUGGCAGGAUGUUGAGAACGAGGUUCACAAGAUUAUAAAAGAACUUUUUGAAGCAGCAACGUCAGAGCUGCCACCUAAAGGAAUUGGGCAUUGUAAAAUGUCUCGCGCUUACUAUGCUUUGGAUUUCAUGCUAAAAUGGAAGGAUAAAGGUUCAGAAAGGAUGCAGCCUGUACUACUUGAGGUGAACUUCAAUCCAGAUUGCAACCGGCUCGUAAAAUACCAUCCAGAUUCUUUUCAUCAUCUUUUUUCAAUUUUAUUUCUCGGAGAAGAAACACCUUGGGGCUGCGUGCGACUGUAGGCUGAGGUAAAAAAGUACCAUGGGGGUGAAUGCUGAUAUUGGACAGGGGGAGAGAAGGCAGGAGCUAGAAGGCGGAAUUAAUGACUGAAGAGCCCCUCUUUUGAAGUCGUGCAUAAAAAUAUAUGUCCAUUCCUACGAAAAUAAUUAUAGAUAUUAUCAAAAAUAUAAAUUUGUGCAAUCUGGGGAUGGAGACGCUAUGAAUAUUAUUUCAAAUAAAGCAAAGACCUCAUAACGAUGUUCAAAAGAUGUGCUGCAUGCAGAAGACACAAUGGCGCAUUAUAAUCUGGGGUUUAUAAUGCUUGAUUUUCGUUAAAUAUUGAUCACAAACACAUUUUCAAUCGUUGCGGGUGGAUGAUGCAAGCAACAUGAUAUUUUAUGUGUAGAUCUCUCGAAUGAAAGCAUUCCUACUUCAUUUUCUAUAUAUCAAACAGUUAUAACGCCCUAUCGUGGUCAUAUGUUUUGAAAACUAAUUUAAUUGAUUUUGAA